CUUGUUAGCUGAAUAUUAGAUACCAAAAAACUGAGUUGUUUACAGCUGUGAUUUGUCAGAUCAAUUGCAUAUUGAUGUGGAAGUAUGUUGUGUAAAUAUUACUGGAAUUUGAGAUGAGCUAUGAAGGAUGGAGCAAGCUUGGUGUUUAUUGACUGGUAUUGUUGGAAAGAAAGAGCCAGUUUAGCCACUAUGACAAUUGUUGUUGUCUGGGUGUACUUCUUUUAUUUCUCUUAGAGCAGUGAAUGUAUGCCUUUCACUCUUAUGGAGAAAAGUAAGUUGCUGUGCUUUGGGAUGUGGUUGUGGUGAAAGCAAAAUAUAGCCUCAAUCACUUACAUUAUAUGGUACAAAACCUUCUGAUGGGUACACUUAUAAUGCUUGUUCACAAUGUGAAAGUGCACUGGACUUCUACCUUGGGAUAUUUGCUUAUAUAAAUCUUCCUGAAAAAUCUUGGUGUUUCUUUGAGCAUGCUGAUAACUCUCUUUUGUGGGUGUGGUGCCAUUUUGCUUACAUAAGGAUCCAUAUUAGAAUAAUUGAGUUUACUAUGGAAUUCCUGCGAAAUACUCUGCCAGUAGAAAUUCAGAAGGCACCUUCUGUUUCAACCUUUAAACACCUGCUGAAAACUUUUCUAUUUUAUCUGGCCUAUGCAGGAAAUUAAGAAUACAUCUUUCCAUAAUUAUUACUUGAUCUCUGCUUUUAUAAUUUUAUAUGGUUUUAUGUAUGACUGUUGUAAACCACUGCUUUUUAAAAAAAUGAAUAGUGGUAUAUUUUAUGAAUAUUUUAAUAAAAUAAAUACAGAGGAAAUGAUGGGGAGAAUCAUAGGAGCCAACUACUCCUAGGGGCUUUGGGGGCUUCAGCCCCCUCCUAAAAUAUUUGAGGGGGCUGGGGGCCCCCAAAGCUUAUGACCAUUGCCAUUCAAAUAGAGUGUGUGCACUGCAUCGUGUGAUUAGUUAUGCAGGACGGGGUUUACCUACCCCCCCCAAUAUUUUAUUCAAGUUGGCACCCCUGGGGAGAACUGAGGGCUGCUUGAAUACUAGAUGCCAGUUUGUACUGCAAAAGUCGAAUUGCUAAGUUGAAAAUGUGAUAUGUAUGUGUCUUAAGAAUGAAGGUUUAUUAGGAAGAGAAUUAGUGGAAUAAUAGUGAAAUGAAUGAAUAUCUGAAGAAGUGUAUCUGAAGAAGUGUGCAUGCACACGAAAGCUCAUACCAAAAUAUAAACUUAGUUGGUCUUUAAGGUGCUACUGAAGGAAUUUUUUUAUUUUGAAUGAAUGAAUGAUAGCUUUGACGUUUUUGCUAGUUUGGAGUAAUAGUUGUAGUAUUAUAUCUGUGAAAGAUGGCAAGUAAAAUGGUUUGAAGUGUACAAAUAUUAGUUAAUGUGGUUUUAAUUGUUAAAAUAUGUUUUGCUAUCUAUGUACACAGUGAUUAAUAUGAGGGUGAAUGAGUUUUUCCUGGUGAAAGCAGCUGUUGGCUUCUUGCCUUAGAUUUUGUAAAAACAAAGUAGGCAAGAUUGCAUGUAUAUAUGCAUGGCCCUGAUCUUCAGAAGGGCAUUUUACUGGUGGUGAUAAUGUUGGCAUUUUAUGCAUUUAUUUAAAAGCUUAAUGAUUGCAGAGCAGUGGAUCAAAGGGUGUUAAUGUUCUCUCUUGGGACAGCUGGCUGAUAAAAAGGUAGUGGUCUGGACUAUAUCAGACUAUCACUUCUUCACACUCACAGAUGCAAAAUAUUGGAAACCAUCCAUGACUUGCUACUUUUUAAAUUCCUCACAGCUGAGGAAUACACUUGCUGAUACCACUCUUGCAAAAUCUUUGCCAUGCAUCUUGGACAUGUACGGUAAUUAGCUGAAUAUGAAUACCCAGGACAUUGUCUCUGUUCACGGCUAAUAUGCCUUCUGUUGCACUCUGUUCAGGUGAGGGACUUUGGAACUUCAGUGAUUUAAUAGCUAUCUAGUAAGUUACCUGUAGUUAAGGAAAUAAAAGUUAUUUUUGUAAAUUUGAGCCUGGUAGAGCAUUGACAAGCUGGUUGACCACUAAAUAAGCAGAUAGGGACAACUUUAUAAUGGUUUGUAUAUCACAAGAGAACAUUACAGAAAGGUUUGGUCAGUUCCCAUUGGCUUUGAUCUCAAGGCUUGGGUCCUGUGUACUUUGAAGGUCAUGUUUCCUCCUUGCUGUGUGUGCCUUCCUCUCUGGGCCAUGUAUUUCUAGUUUAAGCAGCAAUGGCAUAUAGGGAAUUGUGUGACAUGUAGGGAAUUGUGUUCAGUGGCUGUCCCAAAGCUACAAAACUCUCUUCUAGUGAUUGUCCAAACUUGAACCAUAACAUUUUCUGAAACAACGGUAAAACAAUAUUUGAACAGUUUUUAAAAAGUCAAGUGCACUAGAGAAAUAUGUUCAAUGAAUGAUGCAUACAUUAUGCAGCAGAUAAGUAUGUCCACAGUGCUUUGUACUGAACACCCAUAAUUUUGUGAAUUCAUAGUAUAGGGUCGCCAUAUUCCAAAGAGCAAAAACCUGGAGACACACACACACACCAUUGGUGCACCCCCCUCAUUGCGCAUCUCCAUAGCUCGCCCCCUCCCUUAGGGUUGCCGGAGGCGGGGGAGGGACUGCAGGAGCUGGCGCAUGAGAGAAAAAGAGAGCAACAUCUGAGGGCACUGGGGAGAGCCGACCCCCGCUGCUGGCAGGAAAGGAAAGUGGCCACUCUGAGCUGCUGCUGCUUCCAGGGCACAAAAAACCACCCAGACAUUUUUACAUAUUCUAAAAACAAACAAACCCAGACAGAUAUUUUUAACCCCCUAAAUCCGGACAUAUGGCAAUCCUAUCAUAGUAGACACUAGAACUCAGUUUUUUGCCUUUCAUAUUUAUCCUGAGGGAUCAAAAAUGUUUCCUACAUGCAGUACACAGGUUAGGAGGGUCAGGCCUGGGAGUCAAAUAUGGUCCUCCAGACAUGCCUAUCCAGCCCCUAGGACUCUCCUAGGCCACAAACCCUAUUCUGGACCCUUCUUGAGCACUGUGGGCUAACCAAAAUUGAACUGAGACUAUGUUUCUUGUUUGUCUGAUAGGAGGAUAGAGAUGCAAGUGGGGAGGUGUUUGUGAAGGUAAAAUCCACUAGAAUAUGGUUAGAAUAUAGCCUCCUGUACAAAGGAAGAGUCACAUACGUUCUGCCCAGUUUUGCCAAUGGCCCCACCACCUGAGAAGGUUGCCAGUUUGGAAAUGCUGCCCUAAGGCUGAAAAAGUUUGCCACGCCUGCAUUAAGAACUUCAGAAAAAAAUGCUUAUAAAUUUACUGUCCCAAUCACCUGUUAUUGGGUACAUUAAAAAAAAACUUUAUUACGUGAUCCCAGCCAAUUGAAGAUCACAUAGUGAAUGGGAUAACAUCAUAAAACAAAUUGGAUUUAAGUGUCCCUGUGGUAUCCUUGGAGGUAAAUAAAGCAUUAUUGCUCUCACUCUAGUGUCAGUCAAACCUGAAUGGGUGGUUGGCAGAGAUGUGCAUUUAGAUAUGCUUGAAUGUGAAUUCUUAUGUACAUCACAGUGUGCUUCUAUGUGUGAAUACUUCCUUUCUUUUCACAGUCCUCUAGAUUCUAGAAUAGGAAGCAAUACAGUACCUCAGUCUCACAUGCUUAAAAAAAACCUCUCUCAAAAGUAGAGGGCAGCAAAAACAUUUGCUAAAUCCCCCCCUUCAAUUCAGCUCUUGUUUACUAGCGAUACUAAGAGGAAUUGGAGAACAGUCUUUACAGCUUUGAAGACACUCGAACUCAGAAUGCAAGGGGAAAACGUGGUAAGAGGAAGGCACCUCCCGCCCCAAAACCAAUGCCCCCACUGUUGAAGGACGUGUGGAUCCAGAAUUGGCCUCCACAGUCACUUACAGACUCAUUGUUAAAACCGUGUCUCGGCUACCAGUGAUCGCCAAAGAAGACGAAUAAAACAUAAGAGGACAAGGUGACCUGUAGGUGACCUUGGAAGUGAGGGGUGGGGCUUCUGGUGAGUCAGUUGACUAGCUGUGGGCGGAGCUAGUCAGUGUUUGGAGUGCAGCGACUGAGGGGGGAGCACAAGGUGAGCUGAGCUUGAGCUGAACUUUCCAAAAACAUGUAGUAAUGAAGAUGGGGAUUCCUGUUCUUUUUAAUUCAGUUCUUAUUUCAUGUGAAAACAUGUAUUUUCUUCCUUUUUAAACUUCGUAAAAAUUGGCAGCUCUGGCAGAGAGCAGUUUACUACAACCCUGCAAUGAAGCCCAAAUCCUCUGUUAACCCUUCUGCAAGCCUGCAGUAGUGCCGGUUUGCAUUUCCACCUUAAAAUUUUCCAAUCAGAACAUCUCUCAGGUUGCAGCAAAGUCAAUCUACCUAAAUUUCCCCCUUGCACCCAACCCAACUCAGAUCUAGCACUAAGUUGCAAACAAACUUACUUGUUUUCUGGUCAUGCAUGCUAACAUAUUAUGCUUAAAGUUUUUAAAAACUACCUUCGUUUUGGAGUGGUUUUUUUGUGUGUGUGUGCGUGCGCGUGCGUGCGUGCGCGCUUACCAGCGUUAUGUUCUCAAUUCCGAUAUGCAUCUACUCUUUCAAGAACAAGUCAGAGGAACAAGCAGUGAAUCUCCUGUCACUGAUCCCUAGCGGCUUAUUGGAGGCACAAACAGCUGCCAACAAAGAGGUGACAGUGGCUGGGCAUGGAAUAUACAACUUGGAACACAGCAAAUCAUAUUAGUCUGUGUUUGCUUCCUUGCUCCAACCACUCUGAUCAUCAUUUUUCUAUGUUCAGCAUUUUCCCCGCUUUCCCUUCAGACAGGAAAAAGAAGAGAAGGGGGGGGGAAUAUGAUCUGAGAGAAAUGAUAGAAAAAUGUGCUUGUAGUAUUCUGCCCAAAGGCAAGCAGGCAGUCUUCACUUUGACCUUUGCCUUUUAUUGUAAGCAAACUCCAGCCUUUAUCUCGUUCUCUCUUAUGUACAUUGUCCUGAUCCUGUGUUCCCUCACCAUGGGUGCAUUUCAAACACUGUGGGAAUUUUCAUAGUGAAGAUGCAAGGGAGAAUAAAAAUCAUGCCCUAUUGUGCAGUAACUGUUCCUCCCUCUCCCCCUUUUUUGUUGUUGCUGUGAGUGUAAUUAGAAAGGCUCUGAACAGAUAAGGCUGAGGCAACUGGGUUUCUCAUUGGAGUUCAAAAAGGAUCACUUUGGCAAACAAAAAAACCCCACCAGCUCCAUAAAGCAACAGUGAAGUGCCACUGGGCCCAGAGCUGCUGACAGAUGGGUAGGAAGGGUCGGGUGGUGUUUCUUUGGGGUUGGGGCAAAGUUGUUAGGGGUUCUAGACUCUUAGCUGCCAUUAAAAAAAAACUUUAAAAGUUCUUACGUGCUGUAGAUCAAACUACAGUAUAUAAGCCAAAAUGUGAAACCACCCCCCUUUCUGUGAAAUGAGCGAACCUGGUUCAUAGUCGCCACCUUACAAGGUUCUAGCCAAUGAGUGAAGUUAGAGCUGCAAUUGGCAAGUAACCAUUUUGGAAGAGCUAGGAAUUAUUAAAGCUAUGCUUUCCUGUUUCUGUCUCAUUACUGCCCAGACAUGGACUACAGUGGUGUGUGUGCGCUCAUCAUGUGAGUUGAGUGAGUUUGUGGCUUUCAGCAGCAGCAUGUCUACCUGGCCGCCCACUGUUCUGUCUGUCCACAUUCUUGCUCUGUGCUGGGAUUAUAAUGAGCCCAUGAAUUGCACACAAGUUCCUAGUAUAAAGGAAUGUAGCCUAUUCCAUGGCUAACCAUAAAGGAUGACUGUAGCCCAACAAGAAAAGACAGAGAUAGUACGCAUAUACUGUGCAUUUUGUAUAUUUGUCUUGUCCUAGUACUUUGAGCAAAACAUCUAUUGCUGACAGUCCAGUUAUGUAGCAUUAUGCCUUCUGUCUCUUGUCUCCUUUGUGCAGAAAUACCAGUACUUAACGAAAUGUGUUUUAAGUUUACAGUCAGUGCUAGAUUCCCCCAUACCUGAGCUUUUCAUGCACCUCCCUACCCUUUCCAAUUAAAACAAAGUUAGCUGAGGUUGUUUCUCAGGGUGUUGUUGGUUUUGAGGGAAUGUUUGAUUGGAAGGGGGUGUAACCUUUUCUUUUUGUUUUGUGUUUAGUUUGUUUUGGGGUAUAUGUAGGUCUUUCCCCUGCUUUUCAUACGGGUUUUGAGCAUCGUUGUGUUUCACCUGUGAAAUGGGUGCAUUCGUGGUGCCCAUUGCAGUUUCUAAGAUUUCCAAAUGUGCCUUCAUGCCUAAAAAGGUUGGGAACCCCAGAUCAUACAAAGCUAGAUGGAGCAAUGAUUUUACUCAGUAAAAAAUACCUUUCUACCUUCAUAUGUCUUUGUAUGUGAAGUGGUAAAAGAAGGAAAGCUUUGUUACUGUUGCCUCUGUACUCAGCAGGGAGGCAUAGAGAUAAUGUUUUUUUGGGGGGAGGGGGGAGAUGCAGAGUAAUAAAAAGACAAUGGAAAAGAAGGGUGAGAAAUUGGAGGGCACAGAGUGGAUGAAGAGAUUUGUGAGAGAAGGAGGGAGCCUUAAACCAUCAUUAAGACAUCAGCACUGGGAUGUGCUUUGGAAUAAGUUUUCUUCCCCUUUUCAGUAUUGACUAAGCUGUGUAACUGAAUUUCCAGCAACUUUCAGGAGACCACUUUUUUUUUAAUGGUAGAUGAACUUAUUGGAGUUCUUAUGCAACAUUUUUUUGCAACUUUGUAGAACUAUUGAUUUUUAAAGAGAUCUGCAAUAGACAAACAAACAAACAGAAAGAAACUUCCCAGUCUGGUAAAUAUGUAUGCAAUGUGUCCCGACAUGGGGGAGUGGUGAGGCUUCUAGGCUGACAUGUGACAGGCGAGAACAGCUGCUGAUUUAAGAGAAGCACAAAAAAGAUUCCUGAACUUUUAAAGUAGAGGUAUAGCAAAAGUUAAAUUUAGAUCACUUUCUUUCAUAUCAUCUCUAUUACUUUGGAACUUGCUGUACCGCUGUACUCUAUUGCUUACAAGAAGACAAACAGUUUUUGAGAAACUAGCUACCACUGGCAUGAAACCUGAGAAGAGCUCUAAGGCCUAGGCGUAGAAUCUCCUUUUGAACCACCUGUUUAUGCUUCUGGACAGCAAUAUUGGGAUUCCCUUUACCUCUCCUUUGUAUGGGGAAGGUACCGUAUUUGGACAUUCCAAAUUACCUUUCAAAAAAGAGUAAAAGAAGAUACACAAAUUCUGACAAGUUUAUUACUGUAUUGAAUGAGCAUUGCAAGAGAGCUGCCUAUGAAACUGAGUGGAGCCUGGCCAGCAGAUGUGAGAAUCUAGUGGAGGUGUCUGUUGUCGGAGAGAGAGAAUGUGUGUCCCAAGAGAGCCAAGGCUUGGGCAAUGUGGAGAUUUGAAAGUCAAAACCAGCACUUUGCAUUAGGCUUGGAAACAAACUGGCAGUCAAUGAAGAUGUUUCAAAACUGUUCUCAACAGCUCAUAAACAAAUUGAGGCAUUCUGUACCAGCUGAUUUCCAGACAAAUUAUUAAAGUUGGACCCACACAGAACACUGAGGUCACUGGGACAUGAAUGGCAGUUUCUAAAAUGGAAGAUAUAUCUGGGAUGCAUUUUGCUAAACCUGAAUGCAAUAGCCAACCUAACCAUCAUUUUUUUUUAUAUAGUGUAUAAAAAAACCUAUGGACUCUAAGACAAUCUUACUUGGCUAUGAGUGAUCACCAAAUAAUGAAUACACACACACACACAUUUCCCCCUUUAAAAUGGCAGGAUACCCUACUAUAUUCCAAAUGGCCUUUAAAAAUGACUGUUUCCAAAGACAUUUGCCAGUGCAAUGCAGGAGCUACAGUUAAAGACACUUUUGCUCAAAUUGUCCAGAAAACCAGAGUUAAUUCAGACUGGAAGAGGGUGAAAAAUUAGCUUGAAUUUAGCCUGUUGUUUGUUCAAUUAAUACUUUUCUAAUAUAAUUGAAUAUAACUAAAAGUUUAUCUUACAAUUUUUUUAGAGCAUUGAACAACCAUAGUACAGUACAGUAGUCCGUAAAUACCAGGUUUCCGGUGUAAGUGCUUUCUGUUUGCUAACUACUGUGCAUUUUCUUCUAUGCAGUAGGCCUCUUUGAGUUGUUAAUCAGCAGCUGCCUGAAGCUUUUCCCCCCUCUUGCAGUGCUGCUACUGAUGUCACUUCCCCCUUGGCAAACGCCUACGGAGGCUCUGCUGCUUUUGAGAUUGGUCACAGGGAGGGGAGAGAGAGAGAGAAGCUGAGUGAGUGCAUUCUAUGUCCUGGGACCCUGUUUACUUAACAUUCCCAGCCAAGGAAGCCCUGGUUUAAACAGGAUUGCGGAUGCAGCCUGUCCAUUACAGAUGAGGAAAUUAUUAUUGUGGGAUUCUAGAAAUUCCUUUGUUUAAGCCCCUAGCGUGGAUUAUGAGAAUGCAGAAUGCCUUUCCUUUUGGGCCUGCGGCAGGACAAAGAACCCUGCAUAGGAAUCAACAAUCAAAGCUACAUCUGUGAAACAGGCCACUGCUGUGGACAGUCUCAGUGCUGCAAUUACUAUUAUGAACUCUGGUGGUUCUGGCUAGUAUGGACGAUCAUCAUCAUACUGAGUUGCUGCUGUGUCUGCCAUCACCGGCGUGCCAAACACAGACUUCAGGCACAACAACGACAGCAUGAGAUUAACCUGAUUGCCUAUCGUGAAGCUCAUAACUACUCCACCCUGCCAUUUUAUUUCCGAUUUUUGCCAAAUUAUUUACUACCUCCCUAUGAGGAAGUGGUGAACCGACCUCCGACCCCUCCCCCACCAUAUAGUGCCUUACAUCAGCAAUGCGUUCCACCUGGCGGCAGCAGCGCAGCACCAGAUACAAGAAACCUACAGCCAGCCCAGGCAGGCUCUCUGUCAGGAGCAGGAAGCAAUAAUGGAAACACGGACAGCACUGCCUCCUCCAGCACCGGGAACUCCGAAUCGUCCACCCCGCUAGCUGAGCGAUCAACCACCAAAGCAACAAGUGGCGAGCGAAGGAACUCCAGCAGUGGGGCAGAGUUGGAAGAGACGGCCGGCCACGCACCCUGUUCCGACAAAGAGUCGGAGUGCAAGGAGGAAUUGCUUAAGGAUUACAACUCGGAAAGCUUAGACCACAACAACGCCUUCUCCGAUGCUAAAGACAAGACGCCGGGCAGACACCGAAGGUUCACCGGUGACUCGGGCAUUGAAAUCUGCAUCUGCAACCAAGGCCACCACGAUGGUGAUCUCAAGGAGUUGGAUGGGUUCAUUGAUGAUGGGCCCAUGGACUUCUGCGAUAGCUGCAGUGGUCGCCCUCCCCAUGGAGAUGAGGAAGAAGGGCUUUUCAAUGGUGUUCAGCAGCAUCAUGAUGAACAGCAUCAAGAGCACAGCCACCACCACCUCCCUCGGCAGCCUGUUUGUGUGCUCUUGAACACCAUAAAUGAACAGGACUCACCAAACUCGCAUGCCAAUACCUCCCCCAGCUAAAAUAAGCAAAGCGAGAAGGGAUAUUCUACAAAAGGAUAAACAUGACUUCAGCCAAAAACAAGUUGGUUCAGCUUUUUCUUCAGAUGUAACUUUGGGAAUAACCCCUAAAUAAUAGGUAUGGAAGAGGGGGAAGAAGCUUCCGGGCCUUCCCUGCCUCCCCCCUCCCUUUAAUAGCCUCCAUCUGGUUAGGGUUUAGGAUUAAGAGUGAGAUCGUUUUUAUACAUAUAACAAACGAGAGAAAAACUUUUCCUAUUGCUGAUUUUGGUGACGGUUUACCUGGUUGGUUGUUUUCUUAAAGGUUUUCAAUACCUGCUUUAUUUUAUUAUCAGAAAGACUUCACUUGACCCUGUGAGAACAAGGAGGGCUCAUGUAUCUCUUCCCACUCCCUCUCCUUUCCCAGGCGUCUUCCCAGAAGCCAGUGGCAUUUGAUGGCGCUGGCGGUUUGCCUAGUCAGUGCCGUUGAGGGGUUAAAAUGAAUCCACAGAGAGAUGUGGGUGGGCUUUGGGGUUUUUUCCUGAAUUGAUACAGUGCCAUACUCUCUGGUGCAUUGUUGGUUAGAGCAACCUGUAGGAAUUCCCCCCCCCCCCCUUUGAAGCUGGUGACUAUAAAGGACCAGUUUCUUCCAGAGAAAAAAAACUGCUAGCCUGAAACAUAGCAGUUUAUGCAAAAAGCGGGUUGUGGAUGGCGACUUUAGUUUUAUUUUUAUUUGGGGGGAAAGAAAGGCAAAUGUAUUCCUUCAGUUGAUGACUAUGAGUUGAGACUCCUGGCAGAGGACCUGCCUUUUUCCAGUACUGUGGUCUCUAAAUCGCAUUCAAUUGGUGUGCUACAAUGCAACAGAACAGGGACUUUGCAACUUUAGGCCAGCACGCUAGUUAAAAUGACAAAACCAAACAAAACCAAACACACACAACAGGGCUGUCUUUUUGGCCAGCGUGCCUUCAGGUUUCAGCGAUGCUUGUUGAACAAAUGGAGGCAAGAACUCCAUCCACCGCAGAAAGAUAACUUGCAGCUUCAAUGUGGAAGACCUGUGCAGUAUUUUUCUUUUAUCUUUCUUUCUUUAUCUCUCUCUCUCUCUUUUUUAGUCCACAAGUUUAGCAUGAUCCUAAUGGUGACCACUUAAAAGGAUGGAGUGUCUGUGUUUCUCUCUUUUGAUAGCGGCAACAGGCUACUGUAUAACGUCUGUGAGUGUGUAUGUGUGUCUGACUGCAGUACAUGCAUGUGUGUUUCCUACUGGUGAUACGAAACUUGCUGCUGUAAGACUGCAAAAACAAAACAGAAAAGACUGUUGCUUUGCUUUAAACAAACAGUGGAGCUUUUGUUAGUAACAACCCCAAGGGGGAAGGAAAGGAAACAAACUCAAGCAGCUGAAACUAACAUUCCCUGGAGCGUUCCUGUGGAAGAGUGCAAGCCUUGGUUUCUAUAUUAAGUGUGAUAGAGAUUUGUUUUCCCAUUUCUUUAAUUACGGUUGUCUGGGUCAUUUAUGUCACAAAAUAGACUUUCAGAUUUGAUUGCUUGAAACCAAAAUCAGUUUGAAAUACGAUGUAAGCCCAAAUAUAAUGCCUUUUUUCUGAUAAUCCGUGGACUGUGUCUCAUUUUGUUUGGGGAAAGAUAGAGCAGUUGAGAUAUAUCCUGAAGAAAGAAGAGGGUUGGGGCUUUAUUUUUUUGCACUUCAAAGUGAACUUAACUCAUGUCCAGAAUUAUACGGAUUAACACGGGGUUGGUGAGAGCAUAUCUUUAUGUUUCACUGUAUACAAGGGAGGUGUUGGUGCGUGUACAUUUCCAUGUGAAAAUGCAAAUAGGAAGGCAGUCUUGCUCCUCUCCACUGACUUCCUUCAAAUAUCACCUAUACUACAGGUAGGGAAUCUGUGACUCUUCAGAUGUUACUGGACUAUAACUCACAUCAUCCUUGAUCAUUGGCCAUUAUGGUUGGUGUGGAUGGGACUUGGAGUUCAACAACAUCUGGAAGGCUACAGGUUCUCCAGCCCAUGACCUGCCAGGGCAAGGUGACAUGCUCCCUGCAGAAGAUAUUAAGGUACGCUUAAAGGGCAGCAACAAUCCUGUAAAGACUCCAAGUCACCCAGUGAUCUUUAUGUCUGAGGAGGGAUCUGAACCCAAGUGAAGUUCAGAUCAUGCUAUCCAUGACACCACACAUUUAGAUUUUCUGCUACCCAAAUGUCCUGAGCCAUCUCUGCCUACAGCUCUUAGGUGAAUUCACCUAAAGAAACAUAAAAAGAGCAAAUUGUUUGAGCAGAGCUCUAUCCUAGCAGCUCAGGGAAAAGGUGAAUAUAUUACUGUGCAUGUUUACUGCAGACCAAAGCCUGAUAACCACUAAAAAUGUCACAGUCGGGGAUAUAACGGCUCUUAGGAACUUAAAGUGGAAUCAAACCCCUUUAUCCCGAGUCCUCAGCUCUCCUGAGUUUCAACCCCUCUCACAAAACCAACUUCUACUUCGUGGAAUGAAGCUCACUUUCAGAUGUGGGAAAACCUCACUCUAUAUCUGCAAUCCAGUUGGCACCUUUCUGCAUGCCAGAUGGAGACAAUAAGGCUUUAAUUUGAUUUUGUUCUUCAGUUGAUAUUUGGGUUGCUUUUGAUGUUUUCAAUGCACAUGCAGGAGCUGGGUUGAGCACUUGCAAAUUGUAGUUGGGGUUUUGAGACACAUCUUACCUUGCUGCUGGGUCAAGACACUCCUCAAUGGACUUAAAACCUUGGGAACCCCACACAUUUCCUUAUGCUUACAUCUGCAGCACAUGGAUGGUUUCAGAUUUUAUAGAACUAGUACAUGUGUUCCAAAGCAGAUUCAAUAUGUGCUCAAAGCUUUCCAUGGGGCACAAACAGAGAAAUGUCAGAGUUCCAUGUUACAACAGAAAAAUGAAACUUCCUGAAACUCUCUUCAUUGUGUAUUCAAACCCUGCACUAUCAAACUGCUGCAAACACCAGAUUCUUUGCCCAGGAAACCCACUUUCUGCACAAAAUUACAUGGUGGAAAUAAAAAUAAAGUAUGUUUAUAGUUCCAUCAAGUUGCUGUGUUGUUCCAUGUGUCAGAGCUUGUGUUAUCUAGCUGAGGUUCCCUGAGACUCAGGGGUGGGAUAAGGGUUUGAGUUCUCGUUUUACCAAGCAAGGAUAGCAAGCCACUCUCCCUGUAUUUUUGCCAGGUUGCUGUAGACGUCAUACUGUACGUCAAUCAUUGGAGCUAAUGUUGCACACCCCAUAUCCUUUCUGCUCCUGACGAAGAUAAAAGGGUCAACAGGACGCUGUGCAAAAGUUCCUUCCCCAGAUCCUUUAGAAAAUGCUACUUGCCUGUUUAAGGAUAUAUUCCGAUCCUGGUUAAAGGAAGAAAAAUAUCCUUAUAAUACCAGCUUUCACAAAGAUGUUUUAAAAUGUGUCUGUGUCUUAUUAUUAGCUUACUUGUUUUUCCAUUGCAUAAAAAGCCAAACGCAACACACAUCAGUUCUUGGUUUACAGGCCUGAUUUUGGCAGAUUGUCAAACUACAUAUGCUGAGCAUUUUGGCAAGUUUUAUCAGCAUCUUGGUAAAAUCAGCCUGCGUUAUGGAGAGCAAGUCAGACAAUAUCUUUAUUUAGGCCAGCAAAUGAAAUUUUGGAAGCGAUCCUGAAUCGGAUCAAGGCUGCAGCAUCUUUUACCCCCACAGCAGCCAGCCAUGUGCUUCUAGGCAGCCCUCAAGCUGGCGUUUUAAUGCAAGUGGAAUGCCCUCCCACUAGAGGUCAAAGAGAACAACAAUUACCAGACCUUUAGAAGGCAUCUCAAGGCAGCCCUGUUUAGGGAAGCUUUUAAUGUUUGAUGGAUUUCUGUAAUUUAGUGUUUUCUUGGAAGCCGCCCAGAGUGGCUGGGGGAACCCGGCCAGAUGGGCGGGGUAUAAAUAAUAAAUUAUUAUUAUUAUUAUUAUUAUUAUUAUUAUUAUUAUUAUUAUUAUUAUUAUUAAGUGCCUUCUUCCAUUGUUGCUCCCCAGAAGGUGGUGUUCAGUAGCUUCUUAUGGUUUAUUUAGGGUGGGAGGAUCUCUCUGUUUCUCCUUUUUCCCAAUCUUAAAUUCAGCUUCUCUUGCAACAAUUUGUGAUUUUUAAAAAAUGAAUUAAAAAAUCCCAAUGAAAAUUCACCAGCAUUUUACUGCAAAUUUCUUGUACGCAUUUGUGCAAACAAGUUUCCCCAAUAUAAUGUGCAAGCUGUUCCUCUUUAGGGGGCAAUAUUGACUUGGAAUAAUUAACAUCUAUGCCAAUCUACAGUUUUUUAGAUCCAUAGGAAAUUAAGAAAUCCAAGAUUAUGGGGGUUGGAUUAGAUAACCCUCCGGUCCCUUCCAACUCUACAAUUGUAUGAAUAUGUAUUUUCUGCACAUACUCAGAGAGGUAAGUAUGCUGUGGCAGCUUCCUCAGAGCCAGACUGUCAGCAAGACAUUUGGAAUAUGAGAGGGAGAAUAUUUCUUUCUGGAUUUGUUUGUGAUUGAAGAGCAGCUGUGCUCUGAGGGUACAUGGUUUCCCAGUUCAUCUGGCCACAUGCCCAGGUUGGAGGGCCCACAGGUAUUUUGGUAUUAAUUCACCAUGCUUUAUUGCUUUUGUUCAGUGUCCGCUGCAAGAAAGUAACAACCUCCUGCUUACCAUUGCUUCAUAUGUCCCUAGGGUGAUUGUGUAACUUGGUAUAAUUACCUAGGGAGCCAGAAGCACACGAGGACUCAGCAUGGGAAGCAACGGGAGAAGUUUAUUCCCAUCUGAAGGAACAGUAAUAAACAGAUUCCAGUGAAAUCGACAGGCAUUGCUCAUUGACUUGGGUAGGUUCUCUCAGUGUUAGCAAGUUCAAUUGUUGCUGAAGGGGAAGCACACAUUCCCACAAAUAUUCAUUAGUUGUUUGUGAUGUAAAUACAUCAUAUCUUGUAAUGCUAUCCCCUAGCCAUGGUUCUGUAAUGCUAUCCCCUAGCCUACGCUUUCUCUUUCUUGUUCCCUAUCAGGUCCUCUGUAGGUGUGAAACUGCUUCUGGAAACCAUUUCAGGUGUUGAAUUCUCACUUCUGGCACAUAUUCAGGGCACUCCCUUGAAGCUGAGUGCUAAAAUGAGUGGUGUUGAUUUUAAAUACAGUAACCCCAGGGCUGUCCAUGACAUUUUGCUCUUAUACCGUCAUGAAGAAUUGUGUUUAAUAAGAUGUCUGUAAAGCCCUUAGCAGUAAGAAUCAGUAACUCCACUUCUGGAAAUUUCUGGUCUUAAUUGUUCACCCUUUGGCAUGAGGCACAAGGAAUGCAUUAACAUAGUUCUAGUGAAAGGCAUUGAGACUGUGAAAGUCAACCAAUGUCAGAAUGUGGAGACUGGAGAGUAUGACAGAAGGUAAAGCAUAUGAAGGGAGUAAACGGACUCUGUCUCUUAAUAUAAGCAAUAAGAGGACACUUAAAAAGACAUGAAGCCAAUUAAUCAAAUUGCAUUGCCCCAUGCAGCAAGUGGCUGAGGAGACCCAAGAGCUUGAGAAGAUUCACAAAAGGAAUGUGUUGGCAUUGGCCAAUGUUGUCAGAACCACCUGUUGUAAAGAGAAGUAAUCUCUAAUUAUUUCAGGAUGAGACCUUCCGGGGAAGAUUAACCAGCAUCUGUUCAGUGUAUCUUUGCACCUGUCUCAAUAGCAAUGACCACUUUCAAACUGGGCUGUAGAAUUUUGAUGGAUCUGUGUAGAUGACAAGUUUCUAUGCUUUUGUAAUAUUUCUAAAUAUAUACUGAUAUAGAAAGUCUUCCCUGGAAAGUGUGUGGGGAGGGGGAGUAUUUUGAUAUUGAAAAUCGCUCUCAGUAGCGCAACAUUGGAUAAUGCCCACCAUAUCCUUUGUAAGAGCUCCAAUAUGCUAAAAUACUCCAAUAGUAUUUUUUUUUCCCAGGCUGCUUUGAGUGUUCAGGGAUUUUCCACUUUUCCUGCUAAGUGUCAUCCCAAGAUAACACAGAGAAAGCUGGAUUGCUUAAUCCUGUUUGACAUCAGUGACAGUGUAAAUGGUACAGCGUAUAUUUCUGCACAAGGUGAACAUGUUUCUCUAUAACUGGGCAUUCGACUGAUUGAACAUUCUAUGGCCUUUUAAAUAGGUUUGUGGGAGGGAAAUUAUUGGUUCAUUUUUGUUCUUGUAUUUUGUGUUCUCAUUUUGUGUUUUUAUGUUGCAAAAUGCCCUGUGAUCUUCAGAUGAAGGGCAGUAUACAAAUUUAAUAAAUAAUAAAAUAAUAAUAAUCUGCUUAGGGUGAGGCCUGGACAAUGGCAACAGGAAAAUACAAGGUGGCAGUACAACCAAUGGCAGAAAGGCAGGGCAUAUCCCCUUUCACGCCAUCCUAUGAAUCAUUAUUGACAAAGGAAAGUGUAAGGAUACGUUUUCUCCAAGGGAUAAGAAUAUUUUAGCACCUAUGGACCUGCAAACAAAUAGCUUGCUACUACUGGUUUUCCCAAGUAGUUCCAGGAUACUGCAGGGCUGCCUGAUCAUGAUAAAUCUCUUAUUUUGUUAUAUCCAGGCUCUACAUUUUAUAAUUAUUUUUGAAGCAAUGCAUUCUACCUUUUCCACCUAGCUAAAUAAUUUUUAAAAAUAAUCUUCUGUAACCUAGUAUGGAAAGCGGAGAGACUUGAUACUAUCAUCCGGUUUUGUUUCUCCCAUUGUGCCCUGGUGAUGUUUUAAUCUAUAUAUAUGUGCCUACACCUAUUGCAGGCUGCUAAAUCUGAGCUUCAGCAAGCUGGGGUUAUGGGACAGAGCCCUCAAGCUAAAAUAUGGGAAUUUAAGCUGUGAGGCAGCUGGUGGGGAUAUAAAUACUGAUAGAAGUGAUUUCAGAAGGAGUGUUUACCAGCGAAUGGGAAAUCCAAGGUCAUUAAAUCAUAGGCCAAAGUGGCAUCCCAGGUCUUGAUAUUACAUCUGGAAGGAUACUUUAUUUCAUGUCUAUCUGGAUAGCAAAGGAAGAAGGCAGAAUUUAGGUUGAGCAAAAGGAUGCAGGCUUCAGUGGGUGACAUUUAGUUACCGGUAAUACAAACAAAAGCUUGAAAGCAAACAGAGUUUGGCCACCUGGAAGAUCAUAUUGGGGGUACUGAGCAUUUUCCUCUUAGUUUAAUCAGCAAGAGCCGCUGACCAUGUUGCUUUAUGUUGAAAACAUUCUAUACCUAGUCAGAAACUGGUGACUACAGUAUAUCAAGAGAAGAGCGGGCAAGGAAAGAGUGGAAGAAUUUGCCAAAAUCUGGUUUGUUUGAGCUUGUAAGGGCAUUUGCAAACUGGCAUAAUUAACAUGUGCAUAUCUCUUUCUGUCUGUCUGUCUGUCUGUCUGUCUGUCUGUCUGUCUCUCUCUCUCUCUGUGUGUGUGUGUGUGUGUCUGUCUAGGUGUAACCUUAUUUUUGCUACAACAGCAUGUUUCUUUGCAGUCUGAUUUCAGAGGGAGAAGGGGAGCAAAGAAGGCCCCUGUGGGUGUAUGUGUGAGUGCCUUGGUGGUUUUAUAGAAUGGUGAAAGUGGCAUGAGUCUGUUUGGGAAAACUUGAUGGCAGUUUUGUUCCUUACAUAAAAGACACCCACUCAUACACUUCCAGUGUUAUUGGACAUAAUCCAGGUUAUGAAACUCACGACUGGUGCUCACUAAAAACUUGCUCAAGUAUAAGGACUAAUAAGGACACCUUUUCAGAAUGGUGGGUUUCAUUUCUUAACUUUGUAGUCCCAAAAACCUCGUACACUGGACUGUGCUGUUAGGAGCCCUUGAUCAAUAAAUCUCACACUUUACCAAGGCAAAUAGAUAUUGACUGUGGUACACUCUGAGCUCUUCCUUGCAGUCCUUCCAAGACACACGCACACAGAGAGAGAGAGAGAGAGAGAGAGAGAGAGAGAGAGAGAGAGAGAGAGCCCUGUACCAGGAACUUCCCUCACAAAGAUUGCAUGGCUUGAGAUUGAUUUUUAUUUUGCAACAGCCAAUGCUUAGAGCUAGAGGUCUGAGGAUGAUCUCCAUCUUGUGGCAAUUGUAGAGUAUUUAUUCUCUUUCUACUCCUUAUUUCACUGUGUCGAGCUUUUCUUAAGCUCUCUCUCUUGCUUAACCAUUUUCCUUACUAUGUACACUUAAAGAAAAAGAUAAGAAAAUUAAGAGUUUGGGUUUGUUUUUAAGUCAAUCCACCAUGAGCUAUUUAUAGGCCAUGCAUGGUGCACCUUGAUAGACAUGAGACUAGCAUUUUGAACCAAGAGAAGUUAGCCACCACAUAACAGGUCCUCAGUCCUCAGACUCCCUCUAUAUAGCUCAGUCAGUGAAACUUGAGGCUCUUAAUCUCAGGGUCAUGGGUUUGAGCCUCACAUUGGGUGAAAGGUCCCUACAUUGCAGGGGGGUUGGACUAGAUCAGGCAUCCCCAGACUUCGGCCCUCCAGAUGUUUUGGACUACAUUUCCCAUCUUCCCUGACCACUGGUCCUGUUAGCUAGGGAUCAUGGGAGUUGUAGGCCAAAACAUCUGGAGGGCCGCAGUUUGGGGAUGCCUGGACUAGAUGAUCCUCUCUUUUUUUUUGACCAAUAAAUUUUUAUUCAAUUCAAUUAAACAAGAAUACAAUAAUGCAUCUAUACAACAUAAGUCCAAUACAUUGUGACUUCCCUCCUCCCACCAAAUGGUAAAUCCUCUCUCGUAUUAUCUAACUUAAUUACAAUCUCAGCGAUGUAGGAGUUAUGCCAUUACCGCUAACGAUGUCAUUCCCUUGUAAUUGUUCUUAGCAUAAUCAAUAAAUUUACUCCAUUCUAACCAAAAUUUCUCAUUGUCCUGGUCCCGAACUCUAUGGGUUAAUUUGGCCAUUUCCAUAUACUCCAAUACCUUCAUUUGCCACUCUGUAAUUGAAGGAAUCUCCUGUGAUUUCCAUUUCUGGGCAAUUAAUAUUCUAGCAGCCACAGUGGCGUACAUAAAAAAUCUUUGAUCCACUUUUAAGAUUUCUUUAUCUACUAGCCCCAAUAGAAAGGCCUCUGGCUUUUUUGGAAAAGUAUAUCUCAAUAUAUAUUUUUAAUUCAUUGUACACUGAUUCCCAAUUUUUUUAAUCCUAUCACACUCCCACCACAUGUGAUAAAAUUCCCCAACUGAUGUUUUGCAUUUCCAACACAACUUAUUUUGGUUCCUGUACAUUUUAGCCAGUCUAGACUAGAUGAUCCUCAUGGUCCCUUCCAACUCUACAAUUAUAUUCUAUUGACUUAUUGCUUUGCACAAGUAAUUUCCAGCUUUUCUAGCAUAAGGACUACUUUCUCUUAUUUCUCUUUUACACCAAACAAGGAGCCAGUGUGGUGUAGUUGUUAGUGUUGGACUAAGACCUGAGAGACCAGGGUUCAUAUCCUUACUCGAUCAUGAGGCUCAUGUGGUGACCUUGGGCCAGUCACUGUCUACUGUGUUUUCAGAGAUGAGGGUUCUGCCUCGUUACCCUUCUGUUUCCCAGCAGGCUUUGGUGCAAACUGACACCUGCACAACAGGCCAAAAAUCCCAUUUGAAUCUCUGCUACCUCCUCCCCCUUUCUAUUUUAAGACUUUGACCAGAUAGAGAAAACAUGUCUUCAGCAUCACCCAUAAGCUACUUUUCCCUCUCCUCACUGCUGUUUACCAUCUAGCCUGAUUUAGAGUUCUUAAGAACUCAAAAGCUUGCACAUUGUUUUGUGAUACGUUUGGUAUUUUGGAAUCUCUCAUUUUUGGAAUCUUUUAAUAUACUGCAACUGCAGCUGAGUGACUUGUAUCAUAAUCACUAGGAACUGUUGUAAAUAUGUGUGUGCUGGUGCCAUCUAGCGAGCUCCCCAGUAUAUGCAAACUGUUAGCAAGGCAGCUAAUGUGCAGAAGAGUUGCUGAAACAGCCAGACUGAUGCUCAUUCACCCUGGCCAAGUUGACUAAUUGUGGUAGACUAUGGAUGCUCAUUCUGUUGAAAUGUGCUUGCUGUUGAAAGAUGAACAACACCUCUGAAUGUGGGUAUUGUCCACCUCUCUUGUACUAGUACUGCUUUCAGUGGGAUGUGCAUGCAGUUGUGGGUCUUCAUCCACAUUCUGCUUCAACUAGUCCUGCAACCGCAUACUGUACACAUAUAGCUGGCCUGGGAGAGGGGAAUGCUAAUAGGCAACUAAACCAGGAUGGCAAAACAGGAAGUGUUGAUCCAGUUGACUGGAUAAGGGUUGUGUUCCUUUCUCUCCUGCCCCUUCACAUUGAAGGCAGUGUGAGGGUUUUGUUUGCCUCCAGUAAUGCCACUGUGUAGCCAAAUUUGAUCAGUUUUGGAACUGCCGCCCAUCAGAGAGACAUUUGUUCUCCUGGUUGACGUCUUUUAGACAUCAGUUAAAGCCUUCAUCUGGCCUUUGGGGACUGAAGAAAUGGUAGGAUGGUUCCUUGCUUUCUUGGUUGGUUGAUUCCUCUAUUAGUAUAUUUGCCACUAGACCUACAGAACCCUUUCUCCAUAUUCCUUGUAUGCAUGGAUGAACUUGUGUGCAUAUUUUACCAUCAUUGCUUCACACAUCAUUGCUUCACACUUCACACAUCACACUGGCGAGAGCCAAUGUGGUGUAGUGGUUAAGAGUGGUAGACUUGUAAUCUGGGGGACCGGGUUCGCGUCUCCACUCUUCCACAUGCAGCUGCUGGGUGACCUUGGGCUAGUCACACUUCUCUGAAGUCUCUCAGCCCCACCCACCUCACAGGUUGUCUGUUGGGGAGGAAGGGAAAGGAGAUUGUUAGCCGCUUUGAGACUCCUUCGGAUAGUGAUAAAGUGGGAUAUCAAAUCCAAACUCUCUUCUUCUCUAUUCAGUGUGACUUCUGUUAUUGGUGCUAUUUUGUAUACUGUGAGUUCAAAUAAUAUAAAACAAUCUCCAGCUUCUCUGCACACUUGCACCUUUUACCUUUUGCUUUUAUGGCCAGGACAAAAGUACAUGCUCUCUACUUCAGUGAAAUGUGACAUCAAUUGCUGAGGGUUGUGUUUUAAUUCAGCCAGAAUCCAUAAUACAUGUAGAUCAUAAAACCAUGGUAAGUGUGAAGCAAUGAUGGUAAAAUAUGCACACAAGUUCAUCCAUGCAUACAAGGAAUAUGGAGAAAGGGUUCUGUAGGUCUAGUAGCAAAUAUACUAAUAAGUAGAGGAAUCAACCAACUAAGAAAGCAAUUGUGACUGUAGUUCUAUAAACCUUUCAGUAACUUUGUAGAAUUAUACAUCAUCAACAUGGAGUACGUCACGUUGAAUAUGGUGAUCUUUGCUUCCAAGCAAUUGUGAGUAUGAGUAUAGCAAAGAUUCCCUUCUGAAAUAGCUGAAGUGUCCUAAUUUACUAGUUGGUAUAUUUUAAUCAUUUAUUAGCAAAGUUACACUGCCAUUCUAUUGGAAGAAAUUUCCAGUGUGGUUUGUUCCCAGGUAAAUGAGUGUAGGAUUGUUGCUUUUAGCGAGAAAUCUUAGCAUUUUAAAAAAGCAAAAUUGGUUUGUGUUAAUAAAACUAGGACAACUUUAUUGAAUCCUUUUUAUUGGAUCAUCAUCACCCCCCUCAAUUUAAAGUCCCUGCUGCAAAUGGUAUGCAAACUAACCAUGUUUAAUCAGAAGCUUAAUGGGGUUCACACCCUGUUACCCUUUGGCUGAAUAAACAGUUCCCAAAUCAGAUUUAUAUAUUCCAAAAUAAGUACUGUAAUAAAAAUAAAACCCUUUUAGCAUUUUUGGGGAGAAUAUUCAUUUUAUUGCUGAGAUUCUCCCCAUUAUGAUAAUUGCAUUCUGCUCCAUAUAUCUAAGUCUUUUUUAAUUUCUUUCUAAGUCCUCACAUAAUUAUCUUUAUAGAUAUUAUGAUUAUUUACCCAUAGCCACAUUCCUAAGUACUCCGCUUUUUUCUCUAUUUUCCAGCGGUAAUUUCCCCCUCAUUUCUUCUAAUUCUAUUCCUAUUCCAAAUGAUCCCAAUACUUAACAAUAUACGAUGUCUGAAAAAUUGGUGAAAAGAUCUGUCUAAGUUUAUCUGGAGGGGGAAGAAAACUAGGAUAAAACAUAAGAUCCUUAUCAACAUAAAAGACAGAGGAGGUUUCGCAUUCCCUGACUUAGAAUUGUAUUUUGAAGCUGCCUGCCUGUGUUGGAUUAAAGACUGGGUAUUGCUAAAAAAUACACAGUUGCUAGACUUGGAGGACCAUGAUGUCAAAUACGGCUGGCAUUUGGUACGGCAAAGCUGAAAUAAGUAAAAGCUUCGCCAAUCAUGUUAUUAGAAAAAACUUAAUUAGAGUAUGGGGAAAAUACAAAAAAAGAAAGAAAAUGAAACACCAAAGUGGUUAUUCCCAAUAGAAGCUGAGACAAGGAAAAAAGUUAAUAUGAAUGACAACUGGGAUACCAAUAAUGAAUUGCUAGACUUCUCAGAAG